AUAAAUUGGAAUGGCCAUAAAAAUGAGGGUUUUAUUUGUAAAUUCCUUUAAGUGGUAAAUCUAUAUUGUUUAUUGUUUGGCGCAGCCAUUAAUUAGGGUUAAGAGUAAAAAACGAAGGAAACAGGGAAUAAGAAAUGAGAAGCGCCAUGAAAAGAGUCCGGAAGGAAGAGACGAUCGAGAACAAUGGCCAAUGUUCUAAGAAACAAGACGAAAGCCGCCAUAAAAAAGAUCCAUUUUCGAUUCUUCCUCUAGAUCUGAUAGUAGAGAUUCUCUUCAAAUUGCCAGCUGCCAAAUCCAUAGCCAGGCUCGUCUUCGUUUCAAAACUCUGGUCAUCUAUAAUCCGUGGCAAAGACUUUACCAAGCUGUACUUGACUCGAUCUUUCACUCGGCCGCGUCUUCUUUUCGUAGUCUUCUGUCACUACAUACCGACGCAGUUCUUACAAUCCUUCUCCCAAGAAGAUCCAUCUUCUGAUCCUCAUCAUAGGGUAAACAUAAGUCCGCAUCGGUGUCGUUUGUGGUCUUUUUCUCCACCCGUCCGCGGCUUGAUCUGCCGUCAAAAUGAUACUACCGUGAUCAUUGGAAAUCCUAGCACGGGCCAGUUCUUAACUUUACCUAGAGUCAAAUCUAGGAGAAGAGGUUUAUUCUCCUUUUUUGGAUAUGAUCCUGUGAAUGAUGAAUACAAAGUGUUGUGCAUGACGGUACUACAAGUUCGUCAAAGACGUGAAUCACGAGUUGUGGCCGAGGAGCAUCAAGUUUUCACUCUAGGAGCUAAACAAAAAUGGAGAAGGAUCGAAUGUAACCAUGAUCAUCUUCCUCCUUCUUUAACUAAAGGGGUAUGCAUAAACGGUGUUGUUUAUUAUUAUGCUUGGAUCAAAAGUGAAGGAUCUUUGAUAAGCUUUGAUCUGAUAUCUGAAGUGUUUAAUGUCAUUAAGUUACCUGAGGAUAUCCAAUGCCUAGUGAACUACAAUGGAAAGAUAGCUUUAGCGAGUUUUUGUAAAUUAGGUACACUUGACCUGUGGGUUCUGGAAGAUGCCAGCAAACAAGAAUGGUCAAAAGUUUCUCUCUUGGUUCCUUCUUGGACAGAUUUAGUUGUUGAUGAGAAUCUUUAUUUCAAGGUCAGGGGUACACUUAGUACCGGGGAGCUUAUAUUUACACCGACUCGUCCAGUUAGACCGUUCUAUUUUAUCAGUUUCGAUCUCAAGGAAAACAGUGCCAAAAAAGUUGUGGUUGAAGAAAUUGGAGAUAACUUUGCUAGUCUCGAAAUCUAUUUCGAUCAUGUGGAGAGUCCUAUGGUUCUGUCAAAUGUAAGUUAAUUAUUUGGUGUUACCUUUCAUUUCAGAUCUCGGACAAUAGUAGUUUUCUGUGGAACUGGCUUGACAAGCUUUGAUUUUCUUAUUUGACUCGCAUUUGAAGAGGAAUAAGAAUUUAAUCUUGUGUUGUCUAGUUAUUGGAUCUUUACCAUCAUUUGGUUUUCUUUUUUUAA